CCCAUUCCGUCUUCCGUUCGCCUGGCUGGCCGCCGCCGCCGGUGGAGGCGGAGGUGCCGGCGCCGGUGGAGCCUGCCGAGGCCUGGGCUUGGACGCAAUCGGACGUCAGGGCCAUGAGGCGGGAUUUGCUGACCGUCAUCCACCGCUACUACCUCGACGCCAUCUCACGGCUGCCCCCAGCCGAGCUCAGGACCACCCUCGCCCGCGGGCUCCUCGUCGGCGGCCACUGCUUCGGUCUACUGGGCCCCGUCCACAACAUCAUCGUCAACUCCAUCUGGUACGCCGCUGCCUUCCCGCUCCGGGGCGGCGCCGCCACCGACACAGAGGACGACGAGGUCCGCGCGAUUCUCGCCACUGACGGCAUCGUCCGUAUCUGCCGCCGUUCCCUCCAGGGCCUUGUAGCUUCGCUCCGCCACUACUGCCCCUCCCUCUCCACAGCCGAUGCUCUAUACCAGCUCAUGAAUGCCGACGCCGACCUCUCCGCCGCCGUCGCACUGGCCAAUGGGACCACCAGAUCCAGCGCCCUGCGAGCCAUGGCCUCUCAGAACCUUGUCGCCUUUCACCUGGCAGCCGAGGCUGCGCAGCACCCCAAUCCCACAACCUUGGCUCACUUUGCAUCAUCAGUGCUGCCCACUGUCAGUGCGCAACACGACAUACCCUCGUUCCUUCUCAUCUACCGUUUCCUUUCGCCUGGGGACAUCAACCACCUCUCCACUGUGCUACUGCCGGGGUUGCCAUGUGAACCUCCUCAGCCACCACUGACGUUGGUGGAUCGCAUCUCAGAAGCAACAGUUCAAGGACACAGGAAAGCAAGUGCUCGCUGCUGUGAACUUGGCAUCGCAACACUAUGCAUUAGAAACAGGCGAGCAGCUCAUUCUUCAUUCUGUAUGCGGCGUCAGUCUACUAAACGACCAAGGACUGGAUGAUGGUUAUUACCACAUCAAUUUCCUGGCAAAUCGCAAGGACUCUGGUGGUUCUGCACUAGGCUUCCCUAUGCUCGUAUUCACUGAAGCAAUUGUUCGUGCUCGCGAUGAGAUCGAUGUUCGCCUGUGCGUGCUAGUUGAUCCGCUCACAGAUAUUGGUUGCUGCUUUGCUUGUGAGAAGAACAAAAGGAAGCUUGUACACCCUACGUAUGAUGAAUAUUCUGGUUGCCGGGACUUUGAAGAGGAUGAAGUUGACUCUAGCAGUAAUUUUCCAAAGCCCCUGGACGUGGACUACAUCUUUUUUGAUGCUAACUGGGACAGAGCUGUCGCGAAAUACUUGGACGACCAAAUUGGCUGCGGUGGCAUAGGGUUAUCCUGAUGGCUAGGGCUUUGGGAGUCGCGGGGGUCAUAUAUUGUCGGUACCCCAGGACUGGGGUACCCCCUCUUACUGUGUCUAGGCAAGGAUCUUAUAAGUUAUCCUUAA